GCGUAUAUUUGUAGGGAGCUGCGUUCGGGGUUUGGAUAGGGGGUGGACGGUUUGGCGCUGGCGGGCUUUUACCACGGAGAAGAACCCGGAAGGGCGCCAUAUUGCUAGGGAGUGCUUUCCCCCUUCCCCUCCGCUUGAGUGCCCACGGAAUCCUUACAGAGAGAAAAUGACUGCUGGUUCAGUAUGUGUCCCUCAGAUUAUACCACUGCGAGUUCCACAGCCUGGAAAAGCUAACCAUGAAAUUGAUAACAAUACACUUUUAGAAAUGAAAUCAGAUACCCCAGAUGUCAACAUAUAUUAUACUCUGGAUGGCAGCAAACCUGAAUUUCUAAAGAGAAUUGGUUAUGGUGAAAAUAAUACCUUUAAGUAUACAAAACCUAUUACUCUGCCUGAUGGAAAAAUACAAGUUAAAGCUAUUGCAGUCUCUAAAGACAGUAGACAGAGUGGGAUUGUAACAAAGGUGUUUCAGGUAGACUACGAACCACCAAAUACAGUCUCUUCUGAAGACAAUGUUGAAAAUGUUCUCAAAGUUUCUUCAAAGCAGGAAUUAAAAAAUGGAUUUGUUGGAUUGAAACCAAGGAAGAAAUAUAAAAAAGCUGAAAAUAAACCUAGUUGGAAUGUUAACCUUAGAAAGUUUCCAGACCUUGAUGUAGGUGAAAGAACUGACCCUAAAACUUUGAAAGACCUUCGCUUCUCAGAGAGUCCACUGGAAAUUCCAGCUUACCGUGAAGGAACAAGUUCUAGACCACCUACCCGCCAGUCUCAGUCCCCUGGUUUUGCACAUAUAACUGGCCAAAAGAGUUUAACACGCACAGAGAUCAUGAGAAUUCAAAGGGAGACAAACUUCCUCAAGUGUGCCCACUGCCUUGCCCCCCGCCCAUCUGAUCCCUUUUCUCGCUUCUGUCAAGAAUGUGGCUCUCCUGUCCCGCCUAUACUUGGCUGUCGUCUCCCACCUCCGGAAGGAGCUCAGAUGGGCUUGUGUGCAGAAUGUGGAAGCAUGGUACCCAUGAACACUCCCAUCUGUGUGGUGUGUGAGGCUCCUCUCGCUCCACAGCUGCAGCCACAGGCCAGCCUCCACUUGAAGGAGAAAGUAAUCUGCCAGGCCUGUGGCACUGGGAAUCCUGCUCAAUUGAGAUACUGUGUCACCUGUGAGGGUGUCCUGCCUCCAUCACAAGAGGUAGGUUUGACUGCAUGUGCCACUCCU